AUGCCAUCUUCAUCUGCACCUUCGGCCUCGAGUACUUCUGCGACCGACGACCCCUCAACUUCGUCGUCCAUGAAGACGACACCGGCCGCGUCCAAAACAGAACCCAAGCCCAUCAAACUCAGGGCAGCCUGUAACCACUGCUUCUCGGCAAAGGUUCGAUGUGAUGGGAAUAAGGAAGGAUGUCGCAGAUGCUGUGAAAAAAGAUUGUCUUGUGUCUACAGCGAAUCCCGGGUCGGGAAAGUGGUAGGCAAACGACGAAAGCGGCCCAUUGACGACUCGAUCGGCACCAUCAACUCGCAGUCCUGGAUUGUUCAUAAUUCUCUCCCUAUACAGUCUAUCCCGUCACCCGCUACCACCCACACCUCAGACGAAGCAAACAGGAGGCACGGCAAGCCCCCUGCCUGGCCCUCCUUCGUCGUCAACAGUGAUCCUGGGUUUUUAGCCUUCGACGAGACCGCAGAUUCACUGGGCGCUUUGGAAAUGACCGACAACCGGAGUUAUUCGAUGGCUAGCGACCUAAGUUUCUUCAACAAUAGUGGUUUACCCACCCCAGGACUCAGUCCUCCUCAAGUUACCCGAUAUCUGUCGCCUGCCCAGCUUGAAGCUCGACCUUUCACUAGACACUCUUCGUGCCCGGUCGAUCCAUCGAAGCUACAACCGCCAACCUAUGCCGUGCCACUUUCCCGCAACACCGAGCCUGGGCUGGAAGAUGAAGAGACUGUGUGCAUCAAACUGCUCGCUCAUCUCAAAAAGUAUUCGUCUGAUGAGUCGCAGCCACGGGAGAUGCAGAUUGAGCUAUUGAAGAAGAGCAACGCUGCCGUACGGAGGAUACUACGCAGUAAAUCCGUUCGAAGCGACUAUUCGUGCCACUUGCUGCUCUCGAACAUCAUCAACCACUUGGUCCGGCUGUGUGAGCGGCUUUGCCAGGGCAGACUGGAGGAAUACGGCCUGGGGAACAUGGAGUGCCAGUUUCUGCAAGAUCAAGUCCACUUCGAGGGUAUUCCUGCUUUCUUCGACGCCCCGGUUCCGUCAGCUGUCCCGGCCCCAGACCAGGACCUGCUGGAGAGCCUGGUCAGAGAAGUAAACGUGUUUAUUUCAAUCGUGGCCGACUUCCUGAAGAAAAGGCCCAUCUACGGAUUCCAGCAUCUGGGACGGCACGAGACCUUUCAUGUGGAGUUGGAACAGAGGCUGAAGAAGGCGACCGUCUUGCUACAGUCCUGA